ACGCUCCGGCAGACAGACGACCAGACAGAGCAGGAGACAGACAGACGAGUCCUCCCUCAAACUCAAGAAAAAGAAAAGAGAAAAAAUCAAAGAAAAUUACAAAUCUUUAAAACAGUAUUGUAAAAGAUUUAAGAUCUUUGACUUUGACUAAGUUUUUAAGCCGCUCACAAACAGAAGUUGAAGAUGCAGAUGUGCACAGUCCUGGAGAAGAAAGGUGGAUGUGUGGUUGGAGCCGAGCUCAGCUGCAGUGUGAAGGAGGAAAAUCCAAAUAUGAAAGAGAGUUACACCGCUAACUGGCGCAGCAUCAAUAUGAAGACUCAACCUGAGGAUCGCCAAUCGAUGCUGAUGUCAGAUGACUCUCGCCGGGAGUCCCUGUCCCGUUACUGGCAGGCACGUCCUCUCAAUCAGGCCUGCCCAUCGGGUGUUGUCAGAGUGGGCACUGUGGACACAGGUGUAAGGGAGCACCAGCUCUUACCCAACAGGAACAGCCUGCCCUUGCCCAUCUUUAAGCCUGCUGAACUGGGUGUCCGCCUGGGCCGUGGAGCCCCACACACCCUGCAAGAUCUGCCUCCCGCCAGGGUUCCAGACGGAGCCUGUCCAGACAAGAGACCAGUGGAACAGAUCACCAGGGACCUGCCGCCCGUCAAGCCCAUGCAAAUGGAGUUUGCCAAAGCACCCAGAGCCCUGGGCCGAUCCAUGUCUCAGGAGGCCCAGAGGGGCUGAAAAGCAGAAAGACAAAUAUGAGUCAAAGACUGUAUGGACGUUAUUAAAUAAUGAUACAAAAGGCAGGAUGAAACAGAGGGGGUAAGCAAGUAGAAACUGGUUUUUAGGGAUAGUCAAACAGCAUGUGCAGAGAGUGAAACUUCAAAUGAAGAAAUGAUGUUCAUGAUGGCAAAAAGAAAGCUGAUGAUCCUGAUAAUGAACUUGAUGACAAGAAUAAUGCUUUGUAUAGUGAAUUUGAGUUGUAAAUAGUAAUUGCUUGUUUUGUAUUGAUUGUCAAAAACACAGCACUUUUUGUCCGGUUGCCAUUAACUGAAUGUGCACAGGUUCAAUUUUGAGCUCAUGUGGAUGUUUUUAACAUGCUGUCAAGGUUAGUUCUGCAAAAAAAAAAAAA